GUUCGCACCUUUGGGUAGCAGCACUGAAUUGUUUCAAGAUCAAUCCUUCCUUGGGCUUUCAUUGUGUCCUUUGAUUUGGUCCAACUCCUGGACUCUUUUGGGAGUCAUUGGAGUCAAAGUGCACCACAAAGUUAUUGUUUGGAAGGUGACUUAAAAGGAUGGCAGAGAAGAGAGCCAGCAACGGAGAAGAAGUUGUUAUUAAUGUUUCAGAUAAAGAAGAGUCAAAAGACUCAAUAGCAUCUCCUCCUUUCAAUCCAUUGCCUUCACCGGAAGCAGAUGCUGCGGCAGCUGAGAAGUCUAAACCAAUGCCAAUAAGCAUUCCUCCUCCUGAAAUCUAUAAGUUUGCUGGUAGCGUUCAUAAGCCGCCGAAGACUCCAAGUCCUAACAAUGGAGGUCUAGUUCGGAGGAAGUCUGUUUCGAGGUCAGUUUACUCCAAGUCCAAGUCAAGGUUUGGGGAACAACAGUCUUUUCGAUACGAUCACAACAGAGAGGAAAAUGGUGGAUCGUCUCUUAGGGAACAGUUCGGUGCUGCUUCAUCAUUCGCAAGGAGUUCUUUUGACAGGGCUUCCCCUAAUAACAAAUCCAAUAGGAGCAUUACGUCACAAGCACUGAGUAAAGUUGAUGAGGAUGAAACGGAUGAAAAUGAGGAAAUCUACAGAAAGGUUAAGCUACACCGAAGUAAGCGUAGCGCGAUGACAUUUCUCGCUCUGCUUGAGUUGGUAUUGUUUAUGGGCAUUUUGGCCACUUUGGUUGUGAGUUUAACCAUUGAUAAGGUGAAAGAUCAUACCAUUUGGGGUUUGGAACUUUGGAAAUGGUGCGUGCUUGUGAUGGUGACACUCAGUGGCCUGUUCCUGACGAAUUGGUUCAUGCAUUUCGCGGUGUUCCUCAUAGAAAAGAACUAUCUACUCAAGAAAAAAGUGUUGUACUUUGUGCACGGUUUGAAGAAGAAUGUUCAAGUCUUCAUUUGGUUUGGCUUGAUUCUGAUUGCUUGGAUCUGUCUGUUCGAUGAUGAUGAUAGACACUCUCGUAAGACCAAGAAGUUUCUCGACUUUAUCACUGCGACUAUUAUUACCCUUCUCGUCGGGUCAGUCCUUUUCUUGGUUAAGACGUUUGCCUUGAAAGUUCUUGCUUCAAAGUUCAACGUCAGAAACUUCUUUGAGAGGAUUCAAGAGUCUGUCUUCCACCAAUACGUUCUCCAGACUCUCUCGGGACCUCCGCUUAUAGAAGAGGCAGAGAAUGUCGGGCGCGUGCCAAGCACUGGCCACCUUAGUUUCACGAGCACCAAGAAUGGAAAAGCUAAAGACAAGAAAGUGAUCGAUAUGGGAAAGGUUCACAGGAUGAAACAAGAGAAGGUCUCUGCCUGGACAAUGCGUGUUUUGAUAGAAGCCGUGGGAACUUCAGGUAUCUCAACCAUUUCUAGCACUUUAGAUGAGGUCAACAAUAGGAAAGAGCGAACUGAUAAAGAGAUAACAAGUGAGAUGGAGGCUGUAGCUGCUGCUUAUGAAAUCUUCAACAAUGUUGCUAAGCCAAAUCAAAAUUUCAUAGAAGAAGAUGACUUAUUGAGGUUCAUGAUUAAGGAAGAGGUUGACCUUGUACUCCCAUUAAUAGAAGGUGCUGCUGACACCGGAAAAAUCACACGCAAGGCUUUUACAGAAUGGGUGGUGAAUGUUUACACAAGUAGGAAAACAAUAGGACAUUCACUGAACGACACAAAAACAGCGGUAAAGCAGUUGGACAAACUUAUAUCUGGAGUCCUGACCGUUGCCACACUCAUCGUUUGGUUGGUUCUUCUGGAUAUAGCAUCGACCAAGCUCUUGUUGCUCUUCUCCUCACAAUUCGUGGGUCUUGCUUUCAUGAUCGGAAGCACUUGCAAGAACAUCUUUGAAUCCUUCAUUUUCGUCUUCGUGAUGCACCCUUAUGACGUCGGGGACCGUUGCGUUGUCGACGGUGUUAUGUUGUUGGUUGAAGAAAUAGACCUUUUAACGACCGUGUUCCUCAAGAUUGACAACGAGAAAGUGUUCUAUCCAAACUCGGUUUUGAUAACGAAACCAAUAAGCAACUUCUACAGAAGUCCGGAUAUGGGAGAUUAUGUCGACUUCGGCAUCGCAUUCUCAACACCAGCCGAGAAAAUAGGCACUCUCAAGGAAAAAAUCAAAGAAUACUUGGUGGCAAACCCACAACAUUGGUAUCCAGAACCGCUGGUGAUGGUGAGGUCGAUUGAGAAUGUGAACAAGCUGGUAUUGAAUGUGUUGGUUCAGCACACCAUAAACUUCCAAGUAUUCGUAGAGAAGAGUAUUAGAAGAACCGCGCUGAUCAUCGCGGUCAAGAAGAUUCUCGAGGAUCUUGAGAUCGACUACACCCUCCUUCCUCAAGAUGUUCGUCUCACUGGUCAAAAUUGAUCAGUUCUUCUUCUUCUUCUUUUUUUUUGCUUCUAGUACGUACAAGUAGUUUACCUCAUUUGAUUCGGUUUAAUAUUUUGAACUUGAUUUGAUUUCGGUUUGAUUAAAUUUAAUUUACUUCGGUUUAAUUUUCGGAAAAGACUUGCUGUACUACGUAUCUCUCUGUUUCUUCUUCUUGAAA